CCCUCACUCGCCGCGCCUCUGGCUGCUCCGUCGGCGCAGACACCAAGCAGAACGAUGAAGGCGACGUUAGCUCUGGCGCUACUGCUGGCCGCCGCCGUGUGCGGCUCGCCGCAGCACCCGCCGCAGCAAUACCGCCAGCCGCCGCCGCAGCAACAGCCGCAGCAGCAGCCCCAGCAACAGCAGCAGCUGCAGGGGGCCCCCGACGGGUCGAGUGCGCAGGGCAGGGAAGGCUCCGUAUUUACCAACGAGGCCAUCCGCCAGGCACAGGACACCUACCUCAUCCCCAAGGACGCCACUAUACAGAAAGUACAAGAAGGUAUCGAGCUGGCAGCCUACGAGCACAUCCCCGGCGAUCAGCGCAUCAACCUCUUCGAGAUCCUGGGAGCGCACGUGCCCCCAGAGGUAGUCAAUAACUUGCAGGCGCAGGUCGAUCAAAUUGGCAAGCAGUAAGCUUCCUUCGUCAGAGAACGUACUGUUCUUUAUUUAUUAGUACUUCGGUAUCUCACCAGACUGUCGAGAGAAAAUGCAUAAAUGACCCAGGAUGUUUUCACCAAAAAAUAUUGUAUGCCGUGAGUGGACACGAAGACGUUGUGUGAAUCUCCUUCGAAUCGAGAACUACUCUUCAACAAUACACCACGAUUUCAUUUACCCGAAAAUGAAUCUCACUGCUGAUUUACAGGACUCACUCCCCUUUGUCAUAUUUCCAGGUAUCCCUCUUUCAAAAUCUGUACACAGGCGACAAAUACGACUAAAACAAUGUCCGUAGAAAUUCAAAGAAAAACAUAAUUUGUCAGUCUUCCAAUAUUUUACAAGCAUUUCACUGUUUCACUGCUUAAGCAUCUGAAUACAAAGUCACCGGGGAAAUUUUUAGUAGAAGCCAGUUAAUAAGCACAAU